AAAGCACAAUGACUGCUCCAGAAAAAGACAAUAAAGCAAUCCUGAAAGACCAAGGACCAGAACAGGAACAAACAUCAGGUUUGCUGGCAGGAGGUGACCUAAAAGACUACAAGGCCCACAUGAUAGCUAAAUUCGACACAAGUGUGGAUCUACACUAUAUCAGCCCAGAGAUGAAAGUAUUGUCUGAUGCUUUUAAACCAUACCAGAAAGCCUUCAGGCCUCACACCAUUAUCCUACAUGGACAAUCAGGAGUUGGGAAGUCAGCUUUGGACAAUAUUGUUCUGGGCUGGGCACAGGGUAAACUCUACCAAGACAUGUCCUACAUCUUCUUCUCUGUUAGAGAAAUAAAGUGGACAGAGAAGAGCAGUUUGGCACAGUUGAUUCCCAAGGACUACUGGGCUCCAGUGACAAAGAUUGUGUCCCAACCAGAAAGACUCUUGUUUGUCACAUUUGAUUUGGAUGAUAUGGACUAUCUCCAACAUGACGAUAUGACACUCUCCAGAGACUGGAAUGAUGAACAGCCCAUAUACAUCCUGAUGUACAGCCUCCUGAGAAAGGCCCUCCUACUCCAGUCCUUUCUCAUCAUUACCAUCAGAAACACAGGCUUAGAAAAGCUCAAGUCGAUGGUGGUGUCCCCCCUCUAUAUACUGGUUGAAGGACUGUCUGCAUCAAGGAGGUCUCAGCUGGUCCUCAAGAACAUCUCCGAUGACUAUCAGAGGAUGACUAUCGAGGAUGCCUUGAUAGAAAACCAGCAGCUAUUUGACCAAUGCCAGGCCCUGUCUGUAUGCUCAUUGGUCUGUGAAGCUCUACAGCUGCAGAAGAAGCUGGGAAAGAAUUGCACCCAACCCUACCAGACUCUCACCAGUUUGUAUGCCACGUUGGUGUUCCACCAGCUCACCUUGAAAAGGCCUUCCCAGAGCGCACUCAGUCAGGAAGAGCAGAUUACCCUAGUGGGUUUGUGCAGGAUGGCGGCUGAGGGAGUGUGGGCCAAGAGGUCUGUGUUCUACGAUGAUGACCUGAAGACCUACAGCCUAAAGGAGUCUGAGAUCUCGGCCCUCUUUCACAUGGACAUCCUUCUCCAGGUUGGCCACAGCAAUGAGCAGUGUUAUACUUUCUUCUACCUCAGCCUGCAGGAUUUCUUAUACACCUACCUGAACUUGAAGGAGCUGGACUUGGGCGACAGCAUCUUGAACCAAUGGGCCAUGAAGACCCUGUGCCUCGAGCUGCGGAAUCCGUCCUGUGGUAUAGAGAAGCUGACGCUGGAUUCCUGUGAGUUAACCCUCGCUGGUUAGGAGAUGAUCUCCACACUCCUCCUUUCAACCGCCAGCCUAAAGUGUCUCAGCCUGGCCAAAAACAAGGUGGGAGUGAAGAGCAUGAUAUCCCUCAGGAAUGCCUUGAGUAUCUCAGCGUGUCCACUGCAGAAGCUGAUACUGGACAGCUGUGAUCUCACACCUGUUAGCUGCCACAUUCUGGCCUCAGCCCUUUUCAGCAACCAGAACUUGACUCACCUGUGCCUGUCAAACAACAGCCUGGGGACUGAAGAAGUGCACCAGCUGUGUCAGUUCAUAAAGAAUCCAGAAUGUGCUCUCCAGUGGCUGAUGUUAGACAAUUGUNNCAUUGUAGGGGAUGCCUAUGGCUUCUUGGCGUUGAUACUUACAAAUACUAACGGAAAGCUGACACACCUGAGCCUGACCAUGAACCCUGUAGGGAAUAGUACAAUGAAGCUACUGUGUGAACCAUGCUCGUUGGGAGCAUGUGAGUUGACUUCCGAAUGCUGUGAGGCAUUGUCAUCGGCCCUCUCUUACAACCGGCGCCUGAACAGCCUAAACCUGGUGAAUAAUGACUUCAGUACAUCGGGGAUGCUGAAGCUGUGCUCUGCGUUCCUAUGCCCUGCCUCUAACCUGUGGAUAAUUGGCCUGUGGAAGCAGCAGUACUAUGCCUGUGUGAGAAGACAGCUGGAGGAGCUGCAGUUUAUCAAGCCCCACGUGGUGAUCGACGGUGACUGGUAUGCUAUUGAUGACGAUGACCGAAACUGGUGGAGAAACUGAAGACGUGAGUCCCCUCUCCUUCACAUCCUAGGACUUCAGUAUCUGAAAUGUUUGUCUCACCUCGGAGGAUGUAGCAAGAAUGAAAUAAACACACAGCAUUUCAAAAAGCAUCAGGUGGUCAUGUCGAUCAGUGUGGGUAUGGUGUA